AUGGCUUCCGCAACCAACAGCACCCCUCAGCUCAGCUCAAAGUCGCCGACAAUCCGGCGCAUUCUCCGAGAAGCUGCUGAAAUGUCCAACUCCCCAUCGCCAGACUACAUCGCCGAGCCCCUCGAAUCCGACCUCUUUGAAUGGCACUUCACCCUCCGAGGGCCGCCCAACUCGUCCUACAGCGAGGGCGUGUACCACGGCCGCAUUGUCUUGCCGCCGACGUACCCCCUGCGACCACCUAGCUUCCGUUUCACCACCCCCAACGGUCGCUUCGAGGCCAACCGCGAGAUAUGUCUGAGCAUCAGCGGUCACCACGAGGAGACCUGGCAGCCCGCGUGGGGGAUCCGGACGGCUAUAGUCGCUCUCAGAAGCUUCAUGGAGACUGACGCGCGGGGCCAGCUGGGUGGCCUGGAUACGACCGAUGCAGUCCGCCGGCGGCUUGCCCGCGAGUCUGGCUCCCACGCGUGCGCGACGUGUGGCCGCACCAACACCGACAUCAUCGCCGAGUCCGAAAAGAGAGCGCGCGAGCAUUCGUCGUUGACCCCCGAGGAGGUGCAGGUGCCCCAAGAACUCAGCAUGGGCUGGAAGGACGAAAUGCAGGCGAGGAAAGAUGCCGAUUCGAAGGCAGAGCAGGGGCCCGCUAGCAAUGCGACGCCCACAGCAAGCAGAGAUGACGAAUCUGACGGUGCAGAACUGGCUGAGGGCUUCGUCCGGACGGCACCGCCCGCACGACACGCCGAAGAUACAAGGCAAACAGUGUUACCAACGGCUCCUCCAAAUCAGGCGGCUCAUGUGCAGCGCUUGCCCGCCGCUCCUGGGCAAGCCAACGACCGGCAUGGACGCCCCCAGCUCCACCAAAUCCCUGGUGCCCCUAACGAUGGCGUUCCUCUGUGGAUUGACCGGGCCAUUGUUGCCUUGGUUAUACUCCUGGGCGCCGUACUUUUCAAGGUCUUGUUUGGUUUUUGA